CAGUUGCUUUGUGUAUUGUUGUCUUGUCGCAGGCUCUCGUUGCCUUGUAGGAGCCAAUAAGUAUUGCUUACAGUUACAACCUUCCUCACCCCACCACGACGCCGGAGGAAGACGAUUCCCUUUUCUCUCCAGUUCAAAAUCCUUUCUUUUCGGGAAGGGCACUUACUAAUUUUCCCCAGGCACUAUGACUGUGAGAGUGAGGCUUUUCCAUCUUCUUGUGUUGAGCAUUAGUUGGGUCUGUGCUGAUGCUAGGUCCCUGGAGAUCUCUGAUGAUUUUGUCAAGCAGACAUACCAGGAGCUCAAAGAUAAAUUUCAACCACCUCAUCUAGUUCCAAGGAAUGAACAGUUCACAGCACAGGCAUCACUUUGCAGCUUGUGUGAACAGUUCAUAGCAGAGGCAUUGUACUAUCUUGGUGCAAACAAGACCCAAGCAGAGAUCAUGGAUAUCCUCCAUGGGACAUGUUCCAAGAUGGAAGCCUUCUAUCCGCAGUGCAUGAUGUUGGUAGACCAUUAUGGACCUCUUUUCUUCUUGGAGGUUUCUGAGAUACAACCUUUAGACUUCUGCAGAAAGAUGGAUCUAUGUAGGCACAGAAUUAUUGCUUCCCCAGAACUGCAUCAAAAUAGUUGUGCUAUGUGCCAGCGUGCUGUGGCAGAGGUUCUAGUUAAGUUAGAAGAUCCUGACAUACAGUUGGACAUAAUCGAGAUAUUUCUAAAGGGAUGUGAUGCAGUGGAGAACUAUUUGAAAGAGUGCAAGAACCUGGUUUUUCAAUACGGGCCUGCAAUCAUGGACAAUGUGAAGCAAGUUCUAGAAACAACAGAUAUCUGUACUACAUUUCAUGCCUGUGACCCCUCCGCAACUGGAAGCGAAUAAACAUCUUCCAUGGAGAAAGCAUCCUUUGUAACUGAAUUUUUAAGUUGUUAAUCAGCAUGAGAGCGGGAGAACUCCAUUGUUGGGAUCCUGAGGAUGAAGUUAUGGAUUUGGCCCAUUAAGAACAAUAUAUAUGAGUUUUGUCACUUAAGCGUUUACAAUAAAAAUCAAGACCCUACUUGUAUGUUUUUA